UAGCACACGGGAAAUAUCGACAGAUUUUCCCCCAGCAGUGUGUAGUGUAUUUUUCUCCGCGGUUCCGUGUCGAUGUAAAGUAAAGUUGGAACUCCGUGCGUGUGAAGUUUUUCACCCUGCUGCUGAUUUUCUGGGAACAAAUUAGGUUGAUUAGUUUUUUCCUUCUUGGAUUUAUUGGUGCCAACGAAAGGUUUUCUUCCGGAACUAGAAAGAGUGAUAAUUAUCGCGAGUGUGUAUCCCUUCCGGGGUCUCCGUCGGUGCCAGGAUGGCCGAUGCAGAUUUCGAGGAGUUCCGCCAGAACUUGGAUAAUUUACCAACCUACAACAAGGCUCCAGCUCCCUUUUAUUCCUUGGUCCCCGAUGUCGACCUGGACGAGGACACGCCAUCGACCAAAAGCAGCGACGGCUCGGAUCACGAAGAUCUCGUCAGCGAGGCAGAUUCAGUGCUAAAAGCCACUCCGAGCAAAACGCAGCAAAUCCUGCAAACCAUUUCGACCAUCAGCAAUAGCAGUGCCGAGGAUGAGGACGAGGAUGGCAUUGGAGAUGGGCUAAGGACCACCACAACUGCUGCUGCUUCGGGUGCCCUGGGGGGACUGAUGGCCAUCACCAAGCAGGACUCGGCACCGGAAUGCGAACGAGGAUCCGGAGAUGGAGAUGGACUAGAUUCGCUGGAGACGUUGCACGACGAGGACGUUCCUAUGCCAUCGAUUGGACAUUCCGUUGCCAGCAGUUCGGCACAGCUGGCACGGACCAGCUCCUUGCCUUGGAUUCCCGGGCAGGUGGAACGGAGGAGACGCAAGCUGCCGGAGAUUCCCAAAAAUAGAAAAUCUUCCGUGUUGCAUCUCCUCUCCUCGGGCCAAACAACGCUAGCCGACGAGCUGAACGCCACCCGAAAACCCACCAAUUUCCACCACGGUCAACAUCACACCCCAAAUAAUCCUCAGUACACGGCUUUCCUGAAGCAGAAUUCCCUUCUCGCUCUCAAGUGCAGCUACCUGCUGGAUGAAGACUCCAGUCCCGAUUCGGAGCGGCUCCAGAGCCUAGGGGAUGUGGACAGUGGCCACAGCACCGCCCACUCACCGAAUGACUACAAGAGCAUGUCCCCACCGGUGCAGGCCAGCUCCCCGGUUACUUCCCCAUUUCCGCCACCUUAUGGAGGAGUUCCCUUCAGCCAGCUGGAGAUGCUCGAAGCCACCCAUCGAGGUCUGCACAAGUUCAACCCACGACAUCACGACGAGAUCGACAUCGAAAUCGGGGACCCGCUGUACGUGCAGAAGGAGGCCGAAGAUUUGUGGUGCGAGGGUGUUAAUCUUCGUACCGGAAGGCAGGGGAUAUUUCCGUCGGCCUACGCGGUGGAUCUGGAUUAUAAUGACUUCGAUCCUUCGACGGUGGAGAUGAAGCGGGAACGAUACCUUCUGGGGUAUUUGGGAUCGGUCGAAACGAUGGUUCACAAGGGCACUGGAGUCGUUUGUCAGGCGGUGCGGAAAAUUGUCGGGGAAGGAAAUGAGUCGCCGCGGGCUACGGCCUGCAUUCUGGAAAUUUCGGACCAGGGACUACGCAUGGUGGAUCGAUCGAGGAAUAAAAAGGAAAAGCGACCCUGCAUCGACUACUUCUACUCGCUCAAGAACGUUUCGUUCUGCGCGUUCCACCCGCGGGACCAUCGCUACAUCGGCUUCAUCACCAAACACCCGACGGUGCAGCGGUUUGCCUGUCACGUUUUCCAGGGCACGGAAUCAACUCGACCGGUGGCAGAAGCCGUGGGGCGUGCAUUUCAGCGGUUCUAUCAAAAAUUCAUUGAAACGGCAUAUCCCAUUGAGGACAUCUACAUAGAGUAAGGAAUCUCAGCUGAGGAGAUGAUGAAUCACAAAAGGGCAAACCAUUCAACCAAAGAAUAUUGUUACUGCAAAAACGUUUAGUAAGUUUUCAAGAGCAUAAGAAAAGUAGAUUUUUCAUCAAAACGAGUUGAUCCAUUUUGCAAAUGAAAAAUCACAAAAUCUUAUAGUUAAAUUCAUCAUGAUCAACGUAUGAAAAGAAAAACAAGCCAUCAAGGGACAAACGAUUUCAUUUAAUUUCUUCUGGCUCGAAACAGUUAUUCAAACUUUAACUAAAGCUUCUUGAAAGGAUUCCAAAUUUCGAACAUAGAAUAGAAUUGAUACACUUUUUCGAGAACUCUUCUUGCAUAAACUUUUGAACGAAUCAAGAAAAAAAAAUUCAACCAGAUCAGAUCAACUGGUUAAAUAAAAAGUAAACGAAAAAGUUUUGUCUUUGGUUGAAAUCGAGAAAAUGCUCACAAUAUACACAAAGUUUUGCUUGGAGUGUUGAAAAAAAUUAAUUCGUUUUCAAACCGAUUCGCAUUUAAUCAUUAUCAGAAACCAAAAAAAAACCCAAGCAGUAUAAACCCUGAACUACUUUACAAACAUAGAAGCUGAAUGUAUGAAAACCAGCAGCAUAAAUAAUGUUACUACAUGUCAUGUAAAUAAUAGGACUAAAUUUGUAAAGCAGAAAUGGCAGAAUGAAAAAAAUCACCAUUCACACACACAGUAUAUAUAUUUUAUAUCAGACGCCAACGCAAAAAAUGGGUAGGAAAAAGCUGAGAAAAAGGUAAGGCUGGACAGAGUUCAAACAAAAAAAGUAAAUCAAAUGCAAAACAAAAGAUAAAGGAAUGGAGGAUGGAAAAUGUCUGCCAGGGAGCAAGUUGCCUAUAUAAAAAGUAAAGAAAGAAGCAAGAAAAGUCUUUCCGCUUAGUAAUACAAACAUAAAACUGACACACAUAUGCAUUCAAAAAGGUGAAUGUGGAAAUACACGCUUUUUUAAGCUGAUGCAAAUAGAAGAAUUUUUGUUACUUAUCCAUAUCAUUUCUAAGAUCAACUAGCUAGUACUUUACAGACAAACUCAAACACUAGAACAAACAAGCAUUUCAAAUCAAAAGCAAACGCAUGAAGGGAAGAUUUUUUUUGUCGCAAAUGCUUGUGUGACUGAAUUUAAACCACCGCACUCAAGUCAUUUUUUGUUUGAACAUUAAUCAUUCAUGAGUAGAGCUUUAAGUCUGGAUUUGCUAUGAACUCUAAAAUUUUGUUGAAACCAAACCUUUUGUCACCGAAUGUUUCUCAGAAUUUUUGACAGAUGAGAACAAUUUUCGUUCAUUUAUUUAGUACAUUUUAUAAAUACUUUGCUUUGAUCCUGUUAUGAAUUGCAUCGCACUUGCUGUCUUCGUUCAUUUUUCAUGUUGAAUGUUGAAUGGUUGAUAAAGUUGAAAAAAGAGAAUGAGACGAGAAUAGAGAGUGACGAAAUGUAUGACAGUCAUGGCUUUGGAGCGCAAUAAACAAAUUCUGCAUCACAUCUGUAGUUGAAUCGUAAAAGUAAAACCAAAUCUAUCAAUGAUAUUAGCAUUUAAGCAAAUCCUCUCCCCCAUACAACAUACACAGUGUUAUCGUCAUAUAAUCUUACAAGUUAUACACACGUAAACACACUCUAACACAAAUGAAGAACCCGAAAGUAAAAUGAUAAAUUUAAAAAAAAUGUAAAUCCGCGAAAGAUAUUAACCCUGAUGGUGAAUGAAAUCGAAAUUAUACUACAUACAGCAGAACACUGAUAUUCGAAAAUUGUCAUUGUUAUGUAUAAUUCAAUCGAUGCUUUAUGGUUUGAGAUACAAAACUGUUAAAGAAUUAUACCAAAAUGUUUAAAAUGGUUCACGGAAAUUGUUGAAACCAGCAAUUUUCCUAAACCAUCAAUAUAAAUGUAUAAACCAAUAUCUGAACCAACAACUGAAACACAAAAUCUCGCUGCUCCAUGUCAAAGACCCUAGAGAAGUUUCUAACGAAUUAUAGAAGGCAGCAUCGGUAUACCAUCAUCAACAGUUUGAAAAUAAAUAAAAACAAAUGAUAAACAGCAUAACUGAAUCUGAUAAUAAUUUUCCCAGCCAAGCUAUCGCACGAAAGGCAGAAAUCAUGACAAAAUAUCUAACCACUCUGAUGUGUUUGCGCGAGAUUCAAUAAUUUGCAAAGAAAAAGCUAGAAAAAAAUAUAUCUUCUGGGAAAAAUUUGGAUACCAUACAAAGAAUCUCAUCAUAAAAGUCUACUAAGUAAUAAAAACACACACAAUAUACACAAAUCAGCAAAUCAGUAAACCAAACAGUUUCGAUACUAAGUGAACAAUAAAUAUGAACAGAACACAAAAACCCUAUUUGCAGAUGGAAAUCGAUGAUGAUUAAUAAUCCAAUAAAACAAGCUACACAUUGUAAAAUUA